AUGUUCAGAAACAGCAAGGGGGCAGUUGUGCUGGAGCCAGUGCCCCCUGAGGUGACCCUGGUUCAAACUGAGAAUGGAACUGCAGUGUGCAAGGCAGUUGUAGGGAAGCCAGCUGCACAGAUCUCCUGGACCCCAGAGGGAGAUUGUGUCACUGAGCAAAAAUGUCAUUGGGGCAAUGGCACAGUGACCAUCCAGAGUACAUGCCACUGGGAGGGCCGCCGUGUACCUAAUGUGUCCUGCUCUGUCUCCCACUUGACUGGGAACAAGAGUUUGUCCAUAGAGCUGGAUCAAGGUGUCAGAUCCCUGGGAUUUCCAGCAUCAGGCUUACUGAUCAUUCUCUAUGUGAAAUUCUCUCUUUUCUUGGUUAUCCUAGUCACUGUGGGCUUCAUCUACUUCCAGCAAACAAAUGAUUGCAGGGCAAUGGGAAACUGUCUGUAUCAUCUCCUCACACAAGUCCCACACUUCAUGAAGUCAUCUGGGGACAGAAGAUUGCUAUUCUAUUGA